AAGGCUAGUAUUACCAACGGAAGUAAAUGUCUCCUAGCAGCAGAAGCUCCGUCGUCAAGGUUUUGUUUCCAUCUUAUUAUGCGACAUUUCCAUUUUGGCAGUCUUCCAAAUAUAAAAUAUUCAUACUAUAGUAGUUAGUGUUUCUUACGCGUAAUCCAAGAGUUUUUUAUGGUUAGAUUCCCUCCCGGAAGUAACGGAAGCCCCGAGUGUUAGCUUAGCAUGUUAGCUGGAAACGACACCGCCGAGGACGCAGUAAGGAAGCUGCGGGUGUUGGCUUAGCCCGUUAGCCUGAACCAGGCAGCACCGAGGAGCACAGCGAGGUUCUGAUGGAGAACAGUUUGUGUUUGUGUGAUUGUGGCUGUAAGGAGAGGAAACUUUCUGCUUAGAUUUCGAGAAAACCUUUGAAGGUUGAAGAAAUGGAGGAACCGACGGACAGGGAGCAGAUGGGCUCUCAGGUUAAUGACGUCCUGCAGCUGGUGGUGGUUAAAGAGGAGCUCCCUGCUGAGGACGAGAACUGGAGUCCCAGGGCGGACCAGGAAGACCAGAAGCCCCCAAAGGUGAAAGAGGAACCUGAGGACUCUGAAAUUACAACGUUUGUUUUCGAUCCUGUCGCUGUGAAGGGCGAAGAGGAAGAGGAGAAACCUCAGCUCCCAGAGCUUCAUCACAGUCAAACCGAAGAGAACGGAGUGUCUGUGGAACCAGAACUAGAACCCGAUCCAGAUGAGUCUUUAGACUCGACCCCCGAAGAGAAAACUUCUGAUUCUGAGACGGACAUCAGUGAUGGAAACUGGGAGGAGAGCCUUCAAAGUCAGUCAGGCUUAGACCCGGCGACUAAUAAGGAAGUCCCAGUUCGUCAUACCUGCUCCGAAUGCGGGAAAACCUUCAGCCGUAGACAAUAUUUGUCAGAACACAACCGUAUCCACACAGGCGUGAAACCUUUCAUCUGCUCCGUCUGUAGUAGAGCUUUUACCUGGAAAAACGGAUUGGUGCGACACAUGAGAGCUCACAGCGGGGAAAAACCUUUCAGCUGCCCCGUCUGUAGCAAAACGUUCUCUUCCAAAAAAUACCUAAUGGAGCACUCUAAGGUCCACUCCGGCGAAAGACCUUACAGCUGCUCCGUCUGUAACGCAGCUUUCAAAAGAACGCACACCUUGAAAGAACACACAAGAACCCACACCGGAGAGAGACCUCACACUUGCUCCAUCUGCGGCCUGAGCUUCAGGUACAGGUCCUAUCUGGUUGUUCACGUGAGGGGCCACGCGGAGGAAAAGCCGUUCAGCUGUCCUACCUGUAAAGCAACGUUUAAAAGGAAGUUCAACUUAGAUGAACACAUCAGAACCCACACCGGGGAGAAGCCUUUCAGCUGCUCGCUGUGUAGUAAGAGCUACGCGCGCCACAUUAGCCUGUCGCGUCACAUGAGGUGUCACACAGGAGAAAGACCUUACAGCUGCUCCACCUGUCAGGCGACGUUCAGAUGGAGACAUGCAUUCGUGAACCACACAAAGAUCCAUCCGGUCAAAUAACCUUCACUAAGCUUCACUCUGUCUCUGCUGUUGGAGUUCAGAGUCAUACGACUUUUGAAAACAGGUUUUCAAAGGAAAUAAACCCUAUCCACCUUAUUUUCAACAGAAAUACGGAGACAGCGAGUUUACCUUUUUUUGUGCGAGACUUCCGGUCGGUCACUUCCUGUCACCAGCAACUAGGGCUGAACAAUUAAUCGCAUUUUCAAUAUAAUAGUGAUUUAAAAGAACACAAUUUCCAAAUCGCAGAGAUCUGCAAUUUUUUUGUAACAAUUAGUGAAUCAGACACGUCCUUUAAGUGUUGGUAAACUGUUUAAAGUGGGUUUGCCUCCACAUGGAAGGGAAGACAGUUGCA